AUGGACAAUGAACAUCGUAGAUGGAUGUAUGAUAGGGUGUUACCUAAUCGACGGGGGUUGAGGGAUGAAUUUAAGCAAGGCGUUGAGGGGUUUAUUAAUCAGGCAAAUUUAUUUUGUCAAAAGGAUGGGACAAUUAGGUGUCCUUGUGCAGAUUGCAAUUGUAUAAAGUGGUUAAAACCUGAGGAUGUUAGGGCUGAUCUUUGUAGUAAGGGUUUUAUGGACGACUAUUAUGUUUGGACUAGUCAUGGAGAAAUUGAGGGUAGUGCCAGUAAUAUUUGCAAUCAUAAUUUUGUUGCUGGUGAAAGUAGUGAAGAUCCUAGAUUGCAUGAAAUGGUUAUGGAUGCUCUUGGGAUGUACAAUGAGGGUAACAACCAACAACCUGUUGAUCAACCUCCCAAUGAAGAGGCACAACGUUUUUAUGCACAAUUAGAGUCUGCUAGUCGUCCAUUUUGCGAAUGCAUGUCACACUCUGCAUUGUCUGUUGCCGUUAGAUUGCUAAGUAUUAAAUCGGAUGCGAAUAUUUCUAUAGCGGGCAUGAACGCUAUGAUUGAGCUUAUGAAAGAACUUAAUCCGAACUUAGACAUACCCGAUGAUUACUAUAAAGCAAAAAAAUUGGUUUCCAAAUUAGGUCUCUCGUCUAUGAAAAUUGAUUGUUGUGAAAAAGGUUGCAUGUUGUAUUAUAGGGAUAAUGCAGAUUUAGAGAAUUGCAAAGUUUGUGGAAUAUCUCGUUUUAAACAGCUUGCCAGCGAUGGAGAAGCAUGGAAGCAUUUCGAUAGAACGUUUUCGGAUUUUGCUAAUGAACCAAGGAAUAUUCGAUUGGGUUUGUGUGCUGAUGGAUUCACACCAUUUUCUGUCUCAGUUGCACCAUAUUCAUGUUGGCCAGUCUUUGUCACACCGUAUAAUCUUCCACCUGAGAUGUGUAUGACAAGUCCAUAUUUGUUCCUAACUUGCAUUGUUCCGGGUCCACGUAAUCCAAAAAGUUUGAUUGAUGUAUAUUUGCAGCCUUUGAUUUACGAGUUACAGACUUUGUGGCACGAAGGUGUUUUAACAUACGACAUAUCAACCAAACAAAACUUCAACAUGCGUGUUGCUCUUAUGUGGACUAUUAAUGAUUUCCCUGCCUAUGGAAUGUUGUCAGGGUGGAUGACUGCUGGCAAAUUAGCUUGUCCUUGUUGUAUGGAAAACACUAAAUCAUUCACUUUAAAACACGAGGGCAAGAAUUCAUGGUUUGAUUGUCACCGUCAGUUCUUACCAAUGGAUCAUGAGUUUAGGAGUAUGAGAAAUGCAUUCAGGAAGAAUAAAACUGAACAUGACUUACCACCGCCAACAUUGUCAGGGGAGCAAAUUUGGGAGAGGGUUAGGGACUUGCCUAAGGUGACAGAAACUCCACCUUCUAGAUUAAAUGGAUAUGGGGUUGAGCAUAAUUGGACGAAACAGAGCAUAUUCUGGGAGUUACCUUAUUGGAAGCAUAAUCUUCUCCGACAUAAUCUUGAUGUCAUGCAUAUUGAAAAGAAUUAUUUUGAUAAUCUGUUUAAUACAGUGAUGGAUGUUAGGGACAAGACAAAAGAUAACAUAAAGGCUAGGAAGGACUUAAUGGAAUAUUGUAGGCGACCAGAAUUGCACCUACAACAAUCAAAAAACAAAAAUAAGAUCGCCAAGCCAAAGGCUAGUUAUACAUUCACUUUGGAGGAUAAAUGA